UCUCGAGAAAACAUAAUUUAAAGCAUAAGUAGUUUAUUGUGACUGAUUUGUUUACUAACAAAACGAAACGAAAUUGUUGCACGAAUAUGCCACAUAAAAUUACGUUGACAGAAAAUUUGUUUGUUAAGAAAGCCUUGAUGAUAAAGAUGCAGUUCGCCAACAUGGAGCUCAGAAUUUUAACGGUGGUAUUUCUUUUCCAGUUCGCAAAUGCGGAUACAAAGUCUUGCGAUUACCUUAUGGUGAGACGAAGUGAUGCAUCUAAAUCAAUUGGGCGUCCAACAUGUUCAGGCAAGCGAGUCUUUAUAUUCGAAGGUAAAAGUGUUAGAUCGCUCGAUUUUUGUUUGUCCAACGCAUGCGACUCAAAUGCCACUGUCGUAUACUACGAAGCAUGGCAGAAAUGUAUUGCAUUUAAAUGCGAAUCGAAUAAGAAAAAUAAGGACUGGGCAUACAAUUGGGUACAACUACCGGAGAAACGACAUACUGGUCAGACAUAUGCGCUUCCUCAUUCCUAUAUUCCGCAGUGUUACAAUUCCUAUUUUGUAAAGAGGUCGUGGAACAGAUCCAAAGGCUUGAAAAGUAAAUGUAUCCUAAUUGCAUCGUCCACUAUGUCCACAGACGAUCUUAAAAGAUGUAUGGAAAAGGCUUGUGAUGACAAGGCAAAUGCCUUAAACUUUUACAAAGUACAACAUCGUGUUGCAAAAUGUGAAAGUUUGCACUGUAGAUGGAAUGAGAGUUUGGGAGAUAUCAAUUUCGAAAUUGAAAAAAUGAGUGACGAAUAUGUAAAUACUACUGUUAAUACGUACAGACUCUCCCAUAGUACCAGUACUCUAAGAUCUUGUAAAUCUGCAUUCUGGAAUGACUCUAUCCAGAUGUCCGUUCAAGUGCCCCAGUGCUCGACAUGGGGAAUGUUUCCAGAUAAUCUUGUUGAGGACGAUCACAAUCCUCCAUCGCUGUGUCGUUCUGGGUAUAACACAUUUCAACGUCACCCCGACUUUGCAAAGAUUACCGCUUAUGUUUGUAACGUCAAUGCUGAAGGUACAGAUUGGAAAUAUUAUGAUAAUGGUAAAUAUUGCUUCGGAAAGGAGAAACCAACAAGAUGGCUCAACAUACCAUAUCCUGGCAUACCAGUCUUUGACACCGGAAAAUCCACAUUCAGAGUACGAUAUUUGAAGGGACAGUGUAAAAUGUCUAACUGCGACGAUAGUGAACGUGUUAACAUUGUUAGAGACUUGAGACAAUGUAUGAUAUAUGCAUACGAAAAGAACUACAACGUCAUCAAUUACUUUAGCAAUGCGUCCCUUGUUAUUUGUGAUCUGAGGAACUGUAGCAAGCUUAGCAAUGGGGAAUACGAUUUUAAAUUGUCCGAACUUAUGUUGACGACGGGUUACGAUAUUUACGAAUUUUACGAAAUAAAAAAAGAACAUCAUUCAGAUGUGGACACGUCUGUAUCAAAAUUUAAUGAACAGAUGAAAGAAACAAUUGUAAAUAUUGACAGCAAGACUGAUCUAUUAAUAAGGAAAUCGACAUUUAAUGAACAGAUGGAUAAAGUCAUAGACAGAAUAGACAGAAACACUUUUACAAUUAAAGUGCAGGCGAUUGUUCAAACAAUUGUAAUUGGCAUUGUAGUGCUUAUCAGUAUGAUCAAAUACUGUAUUGUGGAUCGGAAGCCCGAUUCUAUGCGGCAGGGAUAUGUGAAUCCAAAUUAA